AUGCUUCAUGACGGUGUCAGCGGCGGUCAUGAAAGUCAAGAGGAAACAGCGCGGGCUGACGAGGAGUGCUGUCAACGAGAGGCCGCACAGCGCUUUCAGACUCCAAGAGCGGCGAAGUGCUGGGCCAUGUACUGCGCAUUUCUUGCCAAUCCUGGAGUGAAGUGUCCAAGAUGCUGGCGUGUUACCACAUACUGCUGUUGCGCGGCUAUGCCUUCGCUGAAGCUUCGCCCCCACGUGAUCGUGCUCUUCCACCACGAGGAGCUUGGGCAGCACUCCGCCACCAACACGGCGGUACUGCUUCUGCUCCUUGGAGCAGAUCAGUUCUGCUGCGGCCAUCCGGAGCACGAUGAGCGCUUGCAGGCACUGCUGAGGGAAGAUGUGGCUGGCACCGCUGUCCUUUUCCCAUCGGCAGAUGCAUUGCCGGCGGCUGCUCUGGCUGAAGCGGCACAGCCUCCACGGAGGAUCGUAAUUCUGGAUGGAGGCUGGGCCCAAUGCAAGAAGAUGAACCAGUGGCUCGACCCGGCGCUCCCGAGGUGCGUCGUCGAAACUGCCACACGAGAAGAGUUCGGCGCCACCCGGCGCUACCGCGGGGCCCAAAGCGGGCGUGUCCAGACGGCCUCGGCCUUCGCGGCCCUUUGCCGGGAGCUCCGCGAGGACCCGCAGGAUGUCCAAGCGGUGGCGCAGGGACUUUCCGCUUUCAUGAGCAGUUUCGAGGCCCAAAUGGGCCCAGCAGGGCGUCUCACUGUGUUAGAGCAGAGGGCUGGAGGUGUGGCUCUCCUGCCUGUGCGAUAUGAUGAAGAGAAGGAAGGCUCGCAAUUGCCGGAUCCGGUCUCCGCUGGCGUGGCGAUCUUCUCACUAGCGCAGCCGCUGUCGUUUCUGUCCAUGGUCUUCUACUGGACUGUCGAGAAGCCCAUAUGGGCGAUCCAGUCGGAGGAUCUCCCGGACUACCUGGGCUUCUUCGUUCACUGCAUUAGCUGGCUUUUGACGCUCAUCAGCCUUUUCUGUAGCCGCAUCCCGUUCUCCUGUCAACAUGGCGGGUGGGUGCUGAUGUUUGGGGUCGCCUACUUGGUCUUUUCCUUCAUGCAUUACUGCUUGAAGAUCGGAUUGCCACAGGGGUGCACAGGCUACGUCCAGCCAGAAUGCCCUAUCUACGAGGUCCUGGACUGGCACAAGCCCGAGGAUGUCGCGACAGUCUCCUUCUUGACACUCGGGGUCGCCUUUCCCACGGCCAUCAUUCUGUACUCCUGGAUGGUGCAUCUGCGGGAUUCCUGCGACGGCAAAGCCGACCUCAGGGAGAUGGACGACAUCAUCAGGAGGCAGAUGGAAGCCUUGCAG